UUUGAACACGUAAGUAGUGGCCUAUAGUUAAAGUACUGUCUACCCCACUGCCACGGGCAGUGGUGAGAUGUAUGGCCACACUACAGCUCAUAUAUAUGGACGGACACUCCCUUGAGCGGACAAGAAAAUUCUGUAGUUUUACACAAAAUUUGGGUUAUUUUGACAAAUGACAAGGUUUUUCCAUAAUUUAUAACCCUGUCUUUAAUGACUAUGCCAUCGCGACGACCCAGGAAACCUAGAAAAUUGUUAACUUUGGAGGAGAAAAUGGAAGUGAUCCAAGUCCAAGAGCACAAUAAACUAACGGUUAGGGAUCUCGCGAAAAGGUUUAACAUUGGCAAAACUCAAGCAGCUGAUAUUUUGAAACAAAAAGAGGUCAUCAGGGAAGGAUUAAAAAGCGGAGAACUGAAAAUGAACCAAAUGCGAAGACAUCCACUUAGUCAGCAGGGUGCCCACAUAGAUGAGCUGAUCUUCGACUGGUUUUCUGGAGCCAGAAGCGAAAAUAUCCUUGUAACCGGCGAGAUGGUCCGCGAAAAGGCCAAGCAAAUAGCGGACGAAGUGGGCUACGUCGACUUUUCGGCAUCCUCCGGAUGGCUUCAGAAAUGGCGGAAGCGACACAACAUCGCCUACAAUGCCACCGGAGACAGUUUGGAUGUUCAGGAUUUCGAGGCAGUCCUGGUGAAGAGUGAACCCAUUACGAGCAGGGAUGAUGACUGUGAGCCUUCGCCAGUUAGUUUAAUAGGACCAAUUUACUCGAUUGACGAGGCCAUGGUGCAGUUGGCCCGCUUAAAGGAGUUCGCUAGGGAUGACUACGUAUCAUAUCAGCAGUUGCUUAGCUUAGAGAAUCAGUGGAGCUGGAAGUGGAAUAACUUCAAGAAGGAGAUUCCUUGACCUAAAUGAGUAGAUUGUCCGUAAUAUUUAUUACAUAUGUUUUGUCGAAUUUAGAACUAAAAGUAGUUUAAUAUAGUUUCAAUGUGUAUAUUACAUCUUUUGCUUUUAAUGUCGUGGAGAUAACUAAUCUGUUUACGGCAUAAACACGAUUAAUGAAUAAACUAAAUACGGUUAUAUUAUUCUA